UGAAUAAACAAGUUUGAGGAAAUAGCUUACCAUUUAAUAAAUCGACAGCCUGUUUGCUAAUCUUCAAAAUGUUUCACAUUAAACAAUACUUUUGUUUGGAAUUAUUUACCUUAAUAAAAUUCUAAUUUUAAAAGAAGGCAGAAUAAACAGGCAUUUUUAGUAUUGGCUCAGAUGUCUUAUCAGCAUUUGUGAUAAAGAGAGAUUCAGUCACUCUACACACUCAUGUUACAACAAACCAACAAGAAGAUAUAAAAUGGUAUUUUAAUGGCAUUCGUAUCGCUCAAACCAGUGGAGAUCUCAGUUAUAUAUGUACAGACGUUCAGUGUAAUGAAGGUACUGAGAGAUUCAGAAACAGGCUAAAUCUGGACAAUCAGACUGGAUGUCUGACCAUCAUGAACAUCAACACCACAGACACUGGACUUUAUGAAUUAAAGAUAAUCAGCAUCAGAAGCAGCAGUGAAAAGACUUUCAGUGUCACUGUUCAUGAUGUUCCUGCUGCUGAACAAGAUGAAAUGAAGAGAAAGUCAGUAAAGGAGGGAGAAUCAGUUACUUUAGAUCCUGGUGUAAUGAAAAACCAAAAUGAUUUGAUGACGUGGCAUUUUAAUGACCUCUGCAUCGCGGAAAUCAGUGAAGAACCCGGAAAGAUCUGCACAGAUGUUCAGUCUAAAGAUGGUGAUGAGAGAUUCAGAAACAGACUGGAGCUGGAUCAUCAGACUGGAUCUCUGACCAUCACAAACACCACAAUCACAGACUCUGGAGUUUAUAAACUACAGAUCAACAGCAGCAGUUUCAGCAUAAUUAGGAGCUUCAGUGUUACUGUCACUGAUUCAUGUCUGUCUUCAGCUGCUGUAGCAGGAAUAUGUGCUGCUGUUGUUGGUGUCCUGAUGCUGAUGGCUAUAUAUCUUUAUUUACUGCACUGUCUGGUAAAAAGAAUAAACACCAGGAUGAAGCACAGUGAUCAGGCGAAUGGUGUUAAUGGUUGGUGGCCUAAUCAGAGUGACAUUUUGCUGAUGGAUGAUGUGAGAAAGAUGCCCUUCAAUCACACUGAUACUCUAGUGAUGAACACUACUAAUGACUUGUCCUCUAAUCAUUAAGAUUGAGCCUCGCUGCCACUGAGAUUUAACACUAGUUUCAACAACACAGCAAGAAUUAAUUGCAUUGAUAAAAAGUCCUUAGUAACCAUUUUACCUUAAUUAAUUUAAAGGACCAAAACAGCUCCCUUAACCUAUCUUAAACUCAGUAUCUUCAAAGUCUAUUUGACAUCUUUAUUUACAUCUGCAAGACAUAUUUUUUUAGAGUGUUUGUGCAUCUGCAAUAUGUCUAUAGGAUGUCAGAUGUCAAAUAGAUGUUUAGAAAAAUGUAAGAAGUUUAUGAUUUACAACAGUGGUUGUCAAUUACAGACUUCAGGGCUCACUGCUAUGCACAUUUUGUAUAUUUCUGAAUCUGACAUACACAGUUCAGUUCAUGGAUAAUCUUCAUGCAUUUGUAUAUUUGUGUGUGUAUAUAUGUGUAUAUUAUAUAAGUGCCAAAGCACAGAGUUUGUUAUCAGAAAUACUGU